CUUCACAAAACGUCAUCAGUGACCAUUUCUUGUAUCUUACCAAAUAUAAUAUUUUCGAUUGUCUUGCCAGCAUGCUCGUCACAUAGUAAAGUUCUGUUUUGAUUUUCUAUUAUAUGAUGAAAAUAAUAAUUAAUUUAUGUGAUUUAAUUUUAAAAGAUACAUAAAUUAAUUAAAAGAUGAUUGGAGUUCUAUAUGCUGUAUUGUUCGUUUUGAUUGCAGAUGUAAAAACACAAGGCACGCAGAGUAGGAACCUUCUAUUUGUGAACAGACACGAACCAACUAAAGAUGGAACUUUACAGACAAAAACCCAACAAACAGUAGUGGUAUCUCCAGAAGUAGUGAUCUCUAAAAGACCUAGUGGCAAAAUUUCUCCGGCAGAUAUCAAUACUCUAAAUCUUCCAUCUCAGUUCGAAAGCGCUUUUUUGCCUGUAGGGUUCCUUUCAAACCCUACUUUAAAUAAUGCAAUUGGACCAACUGUUAUAAGUCCCAUAUCAACUACCAGUCAAUCCAUCAACAGUCUUAUUGCAUCAGUUAACAAACACACAACCCUAUUAACGAAAUCUAUUCAAACUGAUUUGCAAAGGCAGACGAAUGCUUUAACUGGUUUGAUAAAAGCUUCAGCCGAGAAAAAGAUGAACUCCGUGUUGUCAGAUGUUUUCGGUGGAUUUCAAGGUGAAAGGAACGACAAAACCAUACCUGUAACUAAUUCACUUUUCAGUGGAUUUCAAGGUGAAAGAAACGACAAAAACAUACCUGUAACUAAUUUACUUUCACUUUCAAAUACUAACAUUCAACCAUUCAAAAAUCGACAUCAAAAUGUCAACCAAAUAGGAAACUUAGGAAGACGUAUACCUCUGGUUCUUCGAAAUUCGAACGAUUUGGUUCAGCAAUCACAAUUUGUAAGAACACCACCUCGUCCCGAGUCUUUUAGACCCAUAGUCGUAUCUAGACAACCAGCGUUGACAGUAUCGCGAUCUAGAGAACCGGCGUUGACAGCAUCGCGAUUUAGAGAACUAGCAUUGAUAGGAUCGCGAUCUAGAGAACUAGCAUUAAUAGGAUCGCAAUCUAGAGAACCGGCGUUGACAGCAGCACGACCUUUAGUUCUAGCUCCAACAAGGUUUUCAACAAACCAAAGAAACACUGACAUCAGGACAAGGACACGACAGGCCAUGGAUACAACUGACACUAGGUCAAGGACACGACAGACCAUUGAUACAUCUAACACACGAACAAGAAUACCGUUAAAUCCGUCACGGCCAAGAUCUGAAACGCAAUUGCAACAGUUACAACUCAGAAGACAGUCUAUGGUUACUAGAAACAGAUUAGCGCAAUUACAAGUAACAAGGCAGCAAAUAGCACGGGGACAGAAUACACCCAUUCAACGUCAACGGGCACAGACAAGACCAGUAACAAGACAAAUGGUCCAGACGCAACAAUCUCGUCGAUGCCCCUCGCAGGAUGAUUGCAGACCAAUAGUUCCAGCCACGUGCAGACGAACAUCGUAUAUAACAGACGACAAUGGAAGGCGGUUAUGCAGAGGUUGUGAUGAGGACAGCUGUGCAUUUGCAGGAUUUGAAACAAGAUGGGGUCAUGGAUUUGGUUGAAUGAUUACUUAUUCUAUUGGAUGAUAGCAAGACGCUUCCUGCUGCAGACAAAGAAAAAGGGGGAAAUAUUGUCUUUGUUGAUUAUUUCGUCUGUUUAAAGAUGAAACGGUGCUGAGUAAAUUAUAUUUUUAUACGACAUAUGUGAACAAAUAUAUAUAUUUACUAUUAUAACUUUUUUUCAAUUUUCCCAGUUCAAAUCUUUGCGAGAAAUAAUUCAUACAUUUAUCAACUCGUUGGUCAAAUAAAAAGAUGUCCGUUUGAUGUUUUAGUGAAGAGACAGGAGGAUUUGAACACGAAUAUGCUGGCCUGGCAAGGACUGAAACUGAAUAACCUUGCCAAAACAAGAAUGAAAAUGAUAGUUUCCUCAACAGAAUACACGAUAUUAGAUGUGUACAAAAAAGAAAAUAAAUGGAAUGAACAGGAAAAAA